AUGGUAUCUUCUAGCAACGGCAAAGCGCACAUACCGGCACUGUCGCUUGGAGUUGUUGUCAUCAAAGAUGUACUAGGAGAUGGGCAAUGGCAAAGUUGCCUGGAAGAGGAUGCCGUAGUCGUAGCAACUCCAGUCAGAUGCAGGAAAGAAUCACCAGCUGAGGCGGUUCAUCAGAAGGCUCCGCAGGCUACAGCUACCGCGGAAAACAUUUUGUAUCUCCUUGGAUGUUGCGCCGGAUGCCCAAGCAUGAGCAAUCUACGGGAAAUUAAUGAGAAAGAAAGGACAGCAUGA